AUGGAACCGAAGCAGAGCGCCACUCUGAUAUCACCUCAGAAUGCUUCCAUGAUGGAUCGUUCUCGACGAGCCGCCAGUGUUUUAUCGAUGGACGACCUUGAAGCUGCGCAGGCCCUGGAGGGGCUACGCUCCGAUUUCGGACAAUCUCCUCGAACAUCACGACAAUCACUACCCAUCGCUUCACCAGACCCACCACCAGAGCCACUCUUGUCUCUGCUUACAUCUUCCCACCCUCUUAUCUCCUCUGCCAUCAGCGGCUCAGUCUCGGCCUAUGCCACGUCCAAAUCAUACUCGCCCCGAUUCAAGUCUGGUGCCGAGUUCAUUGAGCGCAAUAUUGGUUCGCCUGUCGCAAAUACCGUCGGGACGGUAGGUCGCAAGACUGGCGUUGAGAGCGGCUUACGUUGGGCGCUGCAGCGACGAGAUUCGACCAGCGAGGACUCAACUCAGACCAACAAACGACGUAAGAUGGAUGGCAAUGUUUCGCCGAGGACGUUGGAUGUCGAGAGGGGACAGAAUGGCUCGGCUCAGCCGACGCGAGCGCGCAGUCCUUCUGAUCUCUCCAUGGCCGAGUCGCUACCACCUUACGAUGAGAUGAGGUCGCCUCACUAUGAGGAGAAGCCUGGGCGACGUGCCGAACCGACAUGGCAGAGCAGACUCGUCAUCUCAACGUCGGGGCUGGGAGUCGCUAUGAGCGACGAAUCCUUACGAAGCUUGCAAUACUGCCUCACCUGGCUUCGAUGGGCCAACAGACGAUUAGGCAAAUCCAUUGAAGCACUCCACGGUGCUGUGUCCGAGUGGGAGAAUCAAAAGGCUGGACAACAGAGCAUGUCCCAGACGGACGUCGAGGCUGGAGACAGCCGCCAGGAGAAUGCCUCGUUGCUCAUUCAGCGCAUCCAGACUGUCAAGGCAGAUGUCCUCUCGACCUUGAAACAGGUCGUGGAUAUCGUCUCCAAGUACGCUGGAGGUGCGCUGCCAGAAAAUGCCCGUCACCUCGUGCGUCGCCACUUGACGUCUCUGCCGCACCGCUUCCAGGUGGCAUCCACCUCAAAUCCUCCCCCAGAUUCAUCCGCUGCCUCGUCGGAUGCCAAAAUCAGUGCUCACCGUAUUCUGGUUCUGGCACAAGAGGGCUUGGACAUGAUGGCUCAAGUCAGUGGCGUUGUCAAUGACACAUUAGUCAGUGCUGAGCACUGGUGUGAACGACUAGGACGGAAGCGACCUGAGAAUGGAACUUCGUCCGAUGACCCAGAGAAGCAGAGCGAGGCUGCUCCCGGCGGCCAGGCUUACGGCGUGGAUCUCAAGCCUCCCAUUCUCCCGGAAAACGCUAUCCAAGAUGACGUUCAGAUGUCUGGCAUGGAGAAGGCUUGA